AUGUGGCGCGUGAGCAGAUGUGUGCUUUUUAAUCGCGCUGCCGAUCAAGUUGGUCUUGACUUCCUGGCGCACCCUUUCUGGGACAAAUACCUCGAGUACGAGGAACGGCUGGAGGCAACUGAGAACAUCUUCGCCAUCCUGAAGCGCCUCAUCAAGAUCCCUAUGCACCAGUAUGCACGGUACUAUGAGCGCUUUCGCCAGCUGGCGCAGACGCGGCCCAUUGCUGAGCUUGCGUCGGAAGAGGUCCUCGCGCGCCUGCGGAAGGAUCUCGAGGCCGAGGAUCCCCAUUACAGCAGCAAGACCGAGCCUGAAAUCGAGGCCGUUCUGCGUGCCAAGGCAGACGCCCUCUCCUACGAGACGUUUACAAAGACACAGGAAGAGACGACCAAGCGGUGGGCGUUUGAGUCGGAGAUCAAGCGGCCGUACUUCCAUGUGACGAUGCUCGACCACGCCCAGCUGGCCAACUGGCGCAAGUACCUGGACUUUGAGGAGGCCAGCGGCGACUACGCGCGCAUCGUCUUCUUGUACGAGCGUUGUCUAGUGACAUGCGCAUACUACGACGAAUUCUGGUUCCGCUACGCGCGGUGGAUGUCGGCACAGCCGGGCAAAGAGGAGGACGUUCGCAUUGUGUACCUUCGCGCCGCGACCUUGUUUGUGCCCAUCAGCCGGCCGGCCAUCCGGCUGCAGUUUGCCUACUUUGAGGAGAGCCGUGGGCGCGUCGACAUCGCCCGUGCCGUCCACGAAGCGGUGCUCGAGGUGCUUCCGAGCAGCGUCGAGACCAUUGUGUCGCUCGCCAACCUAGAGCGUCGGCAGGUGGGCCUCGAGGCGGCAAUCGAUGUGUUCAAGAAGACGCUCAGCGAGCCCGACAUUGACCUGUUUAUCAAGGCGGUGAUCGUCGCGGAAUGGGCCUUUUUGCUCUGGAAGAUCAAGGGAUCCGUCGACGACGCACGGACCGUGUUUGUCAAGAAUGUCGAGUACUACGCCGACAGCCGGCAGUUCUGGUGGAAGUGGUUCGACUUUGAGCUGGUGCAGCCGACGACGGCAGACACGGCGGCGCAGGCUGCCGAGCGUGUCGACAACGUCAUCAAGGAGAUGCGGACACGGAGCCGUCUUUCGCAGUCGACCAAGAGGGAGUUCUACGCGGCGUAUUUGACGUUCCUCCAGCAAAGAGGUGGCAAGGACUCGAUGAAGCAAUUUAUCGAGAUGGAUUGCGAGAUCUUUGGCUUAGACGAGGCGACACUCCAGAGGGCCGAGGCCCGGUACCAGAGCUUCUAUGAAGUGUACCCGAGCCUGGACCCAUUAGCCCAAGGGCCGGCCAGCUUCGACUAA